ACUCUGCAACCACACAGUCAGUCACAGGACCACAGCUGCAGUCAAAACAGGCACAAAACCGUAAAGACGCAGAUGAGAUGCACACAGGAAGCAUGCCGGCAAAGAUAUAUAGCCUAUAAAAAGAAAGACACACUAAAGAAAUAUUAUUCACAACUGACAGAAACACCAGAGUGAGAAAAGUAGCUUUUCAGAAGGGAUUCUUGGCUGUGUACUUUUGUUUUGUUUUUUAAAUUGAAGUUCAGAUUUUGAAUCCAGAAGACGAUCUGGAACAGAAAGACAUCCUUCUGACCACUGGAGCAAGAGGUGAAGAUGGACAAGUCCGAGAUGUUCGGCUUCUCCCUGGAGACAGACGACAGGACGGAGGAAGAGAAAUCGCGGGGGAAAGCAGCAAAAAAGUCUGGACAGGGCCAUGUGUCGCCCAAGGCUCCCAUGGACACAGAUUACCAAGAGCAAAUGGAGGAGACCAAGCCUCAAAUCAGAUUCAAUCUCAAUUUUGACAAAGGUAUUCGACCUGUUAAGGAGGACGGUAGCAAGAGAAACAGCGAAACGUUUGACAUCACUAGGUUGUUUGAAGCUGUGGCCAGUGGCGACGUGACAAAGCUGAGCACCCUGCAUCAGUACCUGCACCAGAACAUGAAGAAACUGUCCAACUCUUUGUAUAAGUCGUACGGUAAAACCGCCCUGAUGAAGGCUCUGCUGCACCUCAAAGACGGCAAGAACAACACGGUGGAGCUGUUAAUCGACAUCUCAGAGAAGAUGGGCGACAUUAAUGAGUUUGUGAAUUCAGCCUUCACCAACAGCUACUAUGAAGGCCAGACAGCUCUCCAUAUAGCCAUUGAGAGGAGGAGUCUUGCCUAUGUGAAGCUGCUGGUCAGUAAGAAAGCGGAUGUUCAUGCCAAAGCUUGCGGAAAAUUCUUCCAACCACAUGACGGCCCCAACUUCUACUUUGGUGAGCUGCCUCUGUCUCUGGCAGCCUGCACCAACCAGCCUGACGUGGUGGACUACCUCUUGGAGAACGAUUACGAAAAAGCAGAUCCUAGUGUGACAGACUCUCAUGGUAACACUGUGCUGCACGCUCUGGUAGUGGUGGCUGACAACACUAAGGAUAACACAGAGUUCAUCACUGGCAUGUACGACCGCAUCAUAAAGACCACUGCCCGCCUGCACCCCAAGCUGAAGCUGGAGGAGAUUGAGAAUGGUAGAGGGCUGACACCCCUCAAGUUGGCUGCCAAGACCGGCAAGAUUGGGCUCUUUUCACACAUCCUGCAACGAGAGUUUCAAGAGAGUCACACCAAACAUUUGUCCCGUAAAUUCACUGAGUGGGUUUACGGACCUGUCACCUCCUCCCUGUACGACCUGGCCUCCGUGGAUUCGUACGAGGACAACUCUGUGCUGGAGAUACUGGUCUACGGCAGUGAUAUUCCUAACCGCCAUGAUAUGCUCCAGACGGAGCUCCUGAACCGGCUGCUGGAGUCAAAGUGGAAGUCAUUUGCAGGUCGAAUGUUUUUUUUUAACUUCCUGUUCUACGUCAUGUACCUGAUCAUCUUCACUGUCGUCGCCUAUAAUAAGCGGGAAGGAAAGCCGCCAUUUCCCAUCGAACACACCAGAAUGGGUUAUCUGUAUCUUGCAGGCCAGCUAGUGACAGCACUGUCAAACUGCUAUUUCUUUGUCAUAGGGAUCAAAGACAUGUGGAGGAAACGCCCGAAACUGCGGACGUUGCUGAUUGAUGGAUAUUAUGAGAUUCUUUUUUUCUUGCAGGGCCUCCUCUUCAUUUUGUCAACUAUACUGUACAUGCUCGGCUGUAAAGAGUACCUGGGCUUCCUGGUACUGUGCCUUGCUCUCAGCUGGGUGAACAUACUCUACUACUCCCGGGGUCUCAUACACAUGGGCGUCUAUAGCAUCAUGAUACAAAAGAUGAUCCUCAGUGAUAUCCUGCGCUUUCUUUUUGUCUACGUCGUCUUCCUUUUUGGAUUUUCAGCAGCGGUGGUCACCCUGCUCAUAGAGCCUCCUCCAAAAAAUGACACUCAUACUGGUAAAGGGCGUCUUUUUGGUCCCGUUGGAUCCGGUGAAGAUUGUGUAAAACCCACCUUCAGAAACAUCUCCUACACGACGCUGCAGCUCUUCAAGUUCACCAUCGGCAUGGGUGACAUGGAGUUCACCGAGGACUACCAGUACCAGGCGGUCUUCUACGUUCUCCUCAUCAGCUACAUCAUUCUCACCUACAUCCUGCUGCUCAACAUGCUCAUCGCCCUCAUGAACCGCACCGUGGAGAGGACUGCACAGGAGAGCACCAGCAUCUGGAAGCUACAGAGGGCCAUCACCAUCCUGGACAUGGAAAGAAGGCUGACGUGUUGUCUGAGGAAGAGGUAUCGCUGUGGGUUUAACAUAAACCUUGGCAGAGACGACGAUCGCAUGUGUUUCAGAGUGGAGGAAGUCAGCUGGAACAAAUGGAACAUCAACCUGGGCAAAAUCAAUGAGGAUCCAGGGUACUGGGAUCGUUCCGAACAGCCUGCCUCAGACACCAACACGAGCAGGCCUACCAGAGGGAGGAGCUGGAGAGGCAUGCUCACGGGCAGUCGGCGGCACUGGCAGACUCAUCUAUCCACAGAGAUGAAUCCUUUGAACACCUCACCGGUUUAAAAGACGACAGAGAGCUUCACUCUGGCUGACCUGUGCAACCACGUCAACCACUGCCGAAUGUGUUUCUGACUGAUACUCAAGUGUCAGCUGGAUUUCAAAUGUCACCUCUGAGGCGAUAUUUCACUAUCAUGAGCAGUGCCCAAGAAGAAAUGUAGAUAUUUGUUCAUCUAACUGACACGAUGCUGUAAAAACAAGUAGACUUUAUCAAUGCUGUUGCUUAUUUACUGAAGAUAUCAUACAUUUGAAACACAUUAAACAUUGAUUGUUUCUGCA